UGUGGCCGUGGGAAGCCGUAGGGUGCGGGUGGCCUGGCGCCCUAGGGGUCCGGGAGCUGGGCUGGUUGCUCUGCCGACUCUGUUAUGCUCUUGCAUCCAGCGCUUCGAUGGGGUGGGCAGAGCUGGACUGGGGAGAUGGCAAAAUCAGCUGAGGACUUCACAUAGCUGCUGACCAUCCAGAUCAAUAUCUGCAAAGGAAAAUGAAGCUGUGAUGAAAGAAGCUAACCAUGAAAGGUCACAGGAAUUUGUACUGCCUGUCUCCACAAUUACUAACAAGUAAGCAGUAUAUGACACCGUAGGAUGGAGGUGGACUUGGCUUCUGUUCAUGAGGCUUGUCACACAGGUGAGGAACACUCAGGUGAUUUCAGGCAAACCUCUGAGAGGGUGGGCCGCAAAGCCAGCCUCCAGCUGGAGGUGGAGGAAGAUUACUCGCCACCUUCUAGUCCUGAGUGCAUCCCUGCUGGGCCUUCAGUCCGACAAGAAAUUGUUGUAGAACUGCAGUGUGAAGAAGAGGAGACUUUUGAAACUUACUACCAGAAACGUAACUCGACCACCCCUGGGGUUUUUGUCACUUCCAGCACCAACUUUGACUUGCAGUGUGAAGACGAAGAUUUAGAGCGCUGUUCCUCUGAUCGCUCUGAGGAACCUCAAGGAGGGAUAAGUGAUGAUGAUGAAAGCAUCAUUCUUAUUGAUCCUUUUGAGGAGGAGGAGGACUUGGAGCCCAUCUCUGGAAGUACUUUGACUUACAGGAGCAAGAAGUGUGAUGCCUCUUUCCAGGAUGUGAGUGAGUUGCAAGAACACAAGCAAAUGCACUUUGUGGAAAACUCAUAUCAGUGCCCUAUCUGUGGCAAAGAGUUCUUCCGUGCUGCAAACUUGAGAAUGCACAUGCUCAUUCAUUCCAGUGACAGGCCAUACAAAUGUCCAGAAUGUGACAAGGGUUUCAUCCGCACGGCUGACGUCUGGAGGCACCUACGCAACGUACACAAGAUAGAGCGUUCAAAAAUUUUAGGAAAUGGCAUGGCUAGGAACCUGUGGUCUGCCGCACACAGGAACCAGAAUGGUGGCGGAGAUGUUUAUCAGCAGUGUUCUGGUGACCAAAUGCCUGGAGAGGAAGACUAUAAACCAUACAUCUGUCCAACGUGUGGCAAGGGUUUCGAUAAGCCUAACCUGCUUUCCAAACACAAGGUGAUCCACCGACAAGACAAGCCUUAUGAAUGUCAAGAAUGUGGAAAGUCCUUUGUGCAACUGCUCAGGCUGAAAAGACACCAGCAGACUCACUCUGGGGAGCGCCCCUUCUAUUGUGAGGAGUGUGGAGGGACGUUCACCCGGCUGGCAUCGCUCCAGCGCCAUCAGCGGAUCCACACUGGGGAGAAGCCCUACUCCUGUGCUUACUGCGCUCAGGAUUUCACUGAGUCAGGUUCCUUGAGGAGACACGAGCGCACACACAAAAUGAAAACUCCGAAAGACCAGUGUUUGCUGGCGCCUAUGCAUCAGAAGAUGGAUGUGAAGGUGGACUGGGACUCUGAGAAUAACAUGUGUGACACAGGUGAGAAGCAUUCUAGUUAUUCCAGACAGACCAAUAAACGGAUGGGCCACAAAUCUAGCCUCCAGAAGGAGGCAGACAUGAAUUACUCGCAGAGAUCCACUCCUCGUUGCAACCCUUCCGGACCUUCAGGUAAACAGGAGCUUCCUGUAGAGUUGCAGUGUGACGAUGAAGAGACCUAUGAGACCUACUACCAGAAACGAGGUGAGACUACAGCUGGGAUAUUUGUCACCUCCAGUACCAACUUUGACUUGCAGUGUGAAGACGAAGAUUUAGCGCGUAGUUCCUCUAAGCGCUCCAAGAAACCACAGAGAAGGUUGUGUGAUGAUGGUGAAAACACUGUUCUUACUGAUGUUUUUGGUGAGGAGGAGCUGGAGCCCAACCCUGGGGAACCUUUGCCUUAUCGGUGCAAGAAGUGUGGUGCCUCUUUCCGGGAUAUGAGUGAGCUGCAGGAACACAAGCAAAUCCAUCUUGUGGAAAAUUCAUACCGAUGUCCUGUCUGUGGCAAAGAGUUCUUCCGUGCUGCAAAUUUGAGAAUGCACAAGCUCAUCCAUUCCAGUGACAGGCCACACAAGUGUCCAGAAUGUGACAAGGGUUUCAUCCGCACGGCUGAUGUCUGGAGGCACCUACGCAACGUACACAAGAUAGAGCGUUCCAUGGUGAUCUUAGGAAAUGGCAUGGCCAGGAACCCGUGGUCGAUAGUGCACCGUAACCAGCACAGUGUUGAGUACACUGAUCAGCCUUGUGCAGAAAACCAAAAGUCUGAGGAAGAAGAUUAUAAACCUUAUGCCUGUCCGACGUGUGGCAAGGGUUUCGAUAAGCCUAACCUGCUUUCCAAACACAAGGUGAUCCACCGACAAGACAAGCCUUACAAAUGUCAAGAAUGUGGUAUGGCAUUCGUCCAGCUGCUCAGGCUGAAAAGACACCAGCAGACUCACUCUGGGGAGCGCCCCUUCUAUUGUGAGGAGUGUGGAGGGACGUUCACCCGGCUGGCAUCGCUCCAGCGCCAUCACCGGAUCCACACUGGGGAGAAGCCCUAUUCUUGUGCUUACUGUGGUCACUGCUUCACUGAAUCUGGUACCCUACGGAGGCAUGAGCGUACGCACAAAUUGGACAAAUCUUAAUACUUUGUUCAUUGUGAUUGUGGUUGCCUUGGUUGCUUCUUACUUGAAUGAGGCCUGUCCAACUGGGCUGAAGAAAUCACUCCACCGCAUGUGCAAUGGCCAGUCUGGAUCCCACUUCCUAGCAGUGGGGAAAGUUACAUCACAGGGAUUUCUGCAACUUCUACUGACAGAUGUGCUGACUGGCUUUAAGCCGGUGUUCUAUGAAGAAAUAACUUCAUUACCUCUGUGUUUAUUAGCUGAAUUGGAGGUGCAUCAGGUUGAGUUUUCUGCAAGGAUGUGCAGGCCAUGGAGCUUUUCCCUGCAGUCUUGGUUACCGAACAGACUGGCCUUGCUCUCUGGAGCAAGAUUGUUCUUCAGCACUGGGUUUGGAGAUCUGUUGCUGCAGGUCUUCACUAAGACAGAACAGUCCAGAGGUGCCCACAUAUACAUUCUGUCUGUGCAUUCUGUUGAGUUUUUUCUUUUUAUUAGGUAUUUUUAUUUGGAGGGGAAGUAUCCCAUUGGUUAUUUAAAAAAAAAAAAAGUUCCAUAAUACAUUGAACCGUUAUCAGCUGUAUUUCAUACAUGUUUUUAUCUAAGGGUGUACUGAUCCCUCACACACUUUCAUGUGAUUAGUUGAAUGACUGUUAAAAAUGGAGAGAGAACUUUAUUUUGGUUAUGAUGGUGCAUGUUGUUGAGGUGGGGGAUUAGAACAAAUUUGUGUUUCUGAUAGAACUGUGUGCUCUAGCUCUGCCCGGCUGAGUAUCACAGUAGCAAACAUUUGAAAACAUAAAAUACAAUGAGCAGGAAAAAGACCAAAUUUAAGUCACCUUUUGCUACUCGUUGCAUAGGAAUCUUUCUGAUUUAAAUAAGUUGUUUUGAUUUCCUCAGCGAUAAGGAAAUGUCUCGUAGGAGAACUGUGUUUGAUUCAGGUGUUCUGUGACAUGUGUACACAGGUGUCUGUGUACUACCCAAAGCGUCUGCUGGACUCUUUGCUUUGGUUUGGACUGAAAUGGUUAGUGAAGAAAAAAUCCCUUAGAAACUAGCUCUUCAGAUUUGGGCAGUUGUUGCGAAAUACCCAAAGACUGUAGCUUCCGAAGAGGUAUUGUGUUGCCUCAGUUACAGCAGUGGGGUUUUUACAUUUGAAACUUAAUCAUGACACUUAAAAUAGUCUACAAUUAAUCACUGUGCUAGAAACAACCAGAUUGUCCUUAAGUCACGGCCUUGGUUUCCUUUCUGUGUCAGAAAACUUUGCUUCCUCCUGCUGCCAGCUACCAAAAUUUCACUAGUUUCUUUCUAAUGAGUUGUGCGUUUUCAGCAUGAAGUUCUCCAGCACACUGAAAGUUAAAUUUUGAGGUAAUGUACCUUUACGUUUAGUUCCAGGCUAUUUAAUGCAAAGUACUGAUUGUGUUUGCACAUUUAAUAGAGUGAAAAAUAACUGUAGCGUUCCCCUGGAUUCAGAGAUGAAAUCCAAGCACCGUGUCUCAGAACUUGGAUUAAUGGUGUUGCUGUUUGUGGGGUGAUGUCUGCUCAGCACCUUCCAUCUGUGCAACAGUGGAGCAAGCAUUUUACAGGUAUGGUCACUGUAGUAUUUGGUGUGAGGACCUUGGCUCAAACCAAGCUGAGCCACUGUCCUCAGCAGUAGUUUAGCUUGUCAUGGAUGGGAGACCAACUCUCCCAGCCUCACUAAUGGAUCAUUUUAAUUUCAUUCUGCAAAGGAGUCUCUGGAUUAGGGAACUGAUCUGUAUGCUGGUUCUUAGGGAAAUGUUAUGUUGUCUCUGAAAUGAUGUGCUGUUGUAAUGCUGGAAUCUCUACCUGGGAGGCUCCGAACCUUGUGUGUCAUGUGCGUUUGUUAUCACUGUGAGGGACUAUUCUCCAAACUCACCUCGCUCGGUACAAUUUUAGAUUUGCGAAAGGCUUUUGACAGAGUCCCUCACCAAAGGCUCUUAACUGAGGGAUGCUUAGCCUCUCUAAGAGGGAUGGUCUUCAAAUGGAAAAAUUACUAGCCAAAAAGAAAUGAUCUGGAGAGAGGAGUCAGCAGUGGUGUUCUGCGGGGGCCAUGCUGUUCAACAGAAUAUGAAAUGACCUGGAGAGAGGGUGAAUAGCACAGUGACAAAACUACCCCAAAAGCUCCCGUGCACUUAGUUUCCCCCCUCAUCCUCUAAAUGCAUUCUGAAGUCGUCAGCUGCAGUGUAGCCUGUGCAGCGGCCCACUUCCUUUCUACCUCAGGUAUUCAGUGCCCUUGCUGUAAGGGGUUUUAGUAGUCAAUUAAAUUGCAUCAGUAUGCACAUCUUUGUUGUGUGACUGUUCUGAUUAGACAGUUGCACUAAUUGGGGACAUCUAGUUAUUCUGUUCUUUGGGGUUAGCAGUUGGUGGAAUUCAUACCUGUAAGAGCAUAAUGUUGAAAGUGUUUUGAACAAAGGCUCAUUUAAUGGGAAAAUUAAAUGGUUGGUGAAAUGAAAACUACUAGGCUUAACUAAAAGGUUAUUAAAAGAUAUUUGCCUGGAAGGUUGACUUGGAUGUAAAAUGCUUGAAUAUGUGAAGGG